AUGUCUUUGUCAGCAGAAAAUCGGAGGCGUAGCGCAUAUCCCAAUAUUCCUAUGUCACUAAAUAUUGGAACUAACAAGCAAGAAGAUUUCAACUUACUACCAGAUAACUUACUCGCGACUCCUCCAUAUCUCGGACUUCGAGCUCGACUGUCCCAGGUAUGGGUUAAUCAGUGGACAAUUCUCUUACUGCUCAUCCUUUGCCGUCUUCUACUAGUUACUAGAGAUAUUCAGAGUAACACCGAAACAGCCAAGGAGGAGGCAUUGCAGGCAUGUACAAGUGUAGAGAGUAUUGGGAGUGCUAUGGCUUCUAUGCCUCAUUAUCUUUCAUCCGGGGUCAACACACUCACUGCAAAUACGAUUACGCACACUGUUAAUGGCCUCAUGGAUAUGAUGCUAGAUAGCCUUGACGUGAUGUCUAACAUUCUCCUAUUUGUUAUCAACAUGUUCACGCAGACCUACGCAUGUCUAAUUACUUUUGCCAUCACGGGGAGUCUAUCAGCUACAAUUGAAUUAAUUGAAAAGGUUGGCAACUACUUAAACGAAACCGUCGGCUCUAUUACAACAUCUUUAGCGAGCGAUACAAAAGAAUUUCAGGAUGUCCUAAACGAUAUGCUAAAAAAAAUACAAAUACCCCCAUUCUUAAGCGGCACAAGGACAAUCCCUAAAAUAGACUUGUCUAGAUCUAUAGAUGCUCUUCAUACUAUCAAAAUUGAUCCCUCUGUAUUCAAUGCGGAAUUAAACAAGCUGAAUGCUUCACUUCCAACUUUUGCUGAUGUUCAGAAUUUUACCAGUGAUGUCAUCAAACUACCAUUCACGAAAUUAAAGACUCUCGUUAACGAUUCAAGGCCGCUUUAUACCUUUGACCAUAAUAUCUUUUCAGUAGCGCCAAAGAAAGAAUUGACUUUCUGUUCUGACAGUAAUACAAUUAAUAAUUUCUUUGACGAUAUCACUUCUUUGAUUUUGAAGGGUAAGAUUGUGCUAAGCAUCUUUCUUAGCAUACUUGCGGUAUUGCUUGGAAUAUUUAUGGCCUUCAAGGAAGUCAGAGUAUGGCGGAAGCUUCAAGAUCAUUCUCACUUUAUCACUAAUCACGCCCAAGACCGGCUAGACCUGAUUUAUAUUUCCUCGCGCCUUCAGACCGCAACGGCUGGCAUCCAUAUAGCAUCAAAAUUUUUUGCAACUCCAAAGCGGCGUAACCUUGCUCGCUGGUUCAUAGCUUAUAUUACAUCAUUUCGGGCGCUGUUUCUCCUUUCACUUGGAUUUUCUGGGCUAUUCAGUUGUUUUUGUCAAUAUGUGCUUCUACAGAGUGUCAAAAAAGAAGUGCCUCAAAUCGCCGAGGAAAUUGGAAACUUUACUGGAAAAAUUGUUCAUUCUCUCAACGAUGCCUCAAAGGAGUGGGCCGUUGACGCUAACUAUGUUAUAGAAGGUAUGAAUUCGAGAAUCAAUAAAGAUGUACUUGGAUGGGUCCAAGUAGGAACAAGUGCUGUUAAUAUGACUGUAGACAUGUUUACCCUCAAGAUGAACGAGGCGCUAAAUACUACGUUUGGCGGAACAGUUCUCUAUAAGCCUGUCCUAGAAGUUAUGAACUGUUUGGUUGGUCUUAAGGUUGCUUCUUUUCAGAAAGGCCUCACAUGGGUUCAAGAACAUGCUCAUGUCAAACUUCCAGAGCUUCAACCAGACGUCUUCUCAAUCGGUGCCGCAACUAGCCUCGCAUCUCCGAAUUCUUUUCUUGCGUCACCAGGGAGUACUACGAGUGAUAAGGUCACAUCUGCAGUCGAGAAGGUUAUAAAAAAGCUUCAGGAUGGUAUCAGAGUUGAAGCUAUUAUAUCAUCUGUCCUAGUCAUGCUCUGGCUCGUUUUAGUAUUAAUGGCACUUUGUCGAGUCCUUGCUGCGGAUUCAAUGAAGGAUUAUCCGCGCCAUCAAAUAGACCCGCCUGACUAUACUGAUCAGAGUCAUGACAUCCCGAUGAAAAUCCGUCGUCCACAGAAAAGUUUCGUUAAUCUAGGGGCCGCACACCACAUGGUUGAUGCCAUGAGUAACGCCAACGAUAAAUGGGAUCACGACCUAGAGAAAUAUGGUCAGGUUGCAGAACACCAGUGUGUCACAAGCCCUGGGUUUGUGCGAAAGAGUAGUCAUGGCUCAAUGGCCGAAAUCAAGCUUUGA